AAACGUGAUAUCAACUAUUAUUCAAAUUAUUUCAAGUAUUCGCAAGAGCCAAAAUUGGGAGUUUAGUAGAUAAAAUGUACUUCAAUAUAAAAAGAAGAAGAAAUUGUCUUUUGAAUUUUUUUUUUCAAAAUUUGUAUAUUUAAAAGAAAAUGAGUGGGAAAAGCGAUAUACAAAAUGAUAAAAGUAAAUCAAGUGAAGCGUUAGAUGAGAAUCUUUCUGGUAUCGAUAGGAAGGAUAUAUACAAAUUAGAUAGAAAAUUUGUUAGGAUUGAAUAUCCUGGAAUAGUAAAAAAUGUUUCUAAAGCUAUAGAAACCUUAGGAGGAAUAGGUAACAUUGAAAUGGUCAUUUCUGACCCAAGAAAAAAAUUAGAAUUAAGAUUUCAUCCAGAUAAUAAAUACAACAAACCAUGUAGCGCUGAUAGAGAUAAUACCUCAGGUUUACUUGUUAAAUUCAAGAAAAAAGGAGAAGAAUAUGAUUAUGAAAUUCUAGGAUAUGUAUAUGAGAAUUUUAAAUUUAACAAGGCAGUUGAUUUUCAGUUUCUUCCAAUUGUGCAGGAUGAAGAAUCCGAAACGGCGGAAUAUAUAUAUGAUAAAAUGUUUCCGAAAAAAUUACCAAAUUUGGAUUUUUUAGUGUCUACAGAAUCUGCGUCCCAACCAUCAUUUCUUCUUCCAUCUACAUUUUCUCGUUAUGAAACAACGCGUCAAACAUUAUAUUUAAACGCCGGUGAAAAAUUCAGUUUGGAGACUAAUUAUAGACCAAGUUUACUCAAGAUAUUCGAGAAAAAACGAAAAGAAAAAAAUCCCUACAAACAAUUAUCGCAUAUAGUUAAUAUAAUGGAUCCAAACUUGGAAAUACCAAAAGAACCAAAGGAAUUGGUAUAUAAGAUUGUAAAAGAGAAAUGUUUAGAAGAUGAUUACUUAAAUGUAAAAAAGCUAUUCGAUGAGAGACCAAUUUGGACAAAACCUGCAAUACAACAUUUAACAGGAAUCAAUGCUGAUAGUGCAAAGGUGCUUCUACCAGCACAUGCAUAUUAUUGGAGUACUGGACCUUUUAGAACGACUUGGACUAAAUUCGGACAUGAUCCGAGAACUAAUUAUGCUUAUAGGAUAUACCAAACUUUAGAUUUUAGGAUUAGAGAAAGUGAAGGGUCGCAAAUUAUAAUAAGAAGUAGAAAAAAACAAAAUUCAAGGAAUAAAUUAGGGGAAAAUCAUUAUAUUUUAAGCAAAGAUUAUAUACCACCUGGAAGACAGAUGUUUUAUCAGUAUUGUGACAUUAAACUACCAGAAAUUCAAGAAAUGUUACAAAGAUUACCUAAAAUACCCGGUAAUAAAAAAUUCGACUCGAAAAACGGUUGGUUACCAGUUAAUUUUUCUGACCAAUGCCGCGAAAUAGCCAACAGAUACAUGUUGGAGAGAGUGCAUCAGGAAUUAUUAGCCGGUAGUUCUUCAGCGCAGUCCAAUCCAGAAAAAGAUACACAAGAAGAAGAUGACGAAGAAAAUUUGUUGAAUUAUUCCGGUAGAAUGUUGAAUAUGAUGAAAGGACAAGUGGAUAUGUCACAAGAAGUCGUUGUACUAUCAGAUGAAGAAGAUAAUGAACAGAUCGAUGAUAUUAGUCCGCAAUUAGAAGAUGACGAAGUACCAAGUGAUAAUUCCGAGAUGGAAUUAGAUAUGGAAGCACUCGAAGAAAUUAAUCAAUUAAUAUCGAACACAGAAUAAAGGUAAUUGUUAUAGUGAAUAAAUAAUAUUUUUAUCUUAAUUUUUUUCAAAAUUUUUCUCUGUUUAAUGCAUAAUUUUUUAAAAUCUGUUGAUGUGAUAAAGUAAUAAAACGAAAUAUUGAAAAAAA